UCAUGUUUGUCCAGUCCAACAGCUGAAGUGACAUCAUCUACUACGAAACUUUUCACAGGAAAAGAAUCCAAAAGGGAAACGGCAAAUUUAAAAAGAAAAAAGAAAUCUGGAAAACCACUCGCUCAGUCACUCUUCAGAAAACCUGCGGGGAUUUUCGAUUCCAUGGCUCCUCUUGCCCCAAGGUCUGGAGAUCCGGUGGUCGCCAAUGUCGAGCGGGUGAAUGCGGAAUUGUUUACCCUCACUUAUGGGGCGAUCGUUCGGCAGCUGCUUACGGAUCUGGAGGAGGUCGAGGAAGUCAACAAGCAGCUCGAUCAGAUGGGUUACAAUAUUGGAAUUCGAUUGAUUGAUGAAUUUCUUGCAAAGUCUGGUGUUUCAAGCUGUGUUGACUUCAAGGAGACAGCUGAAGUGAUUGCAAAGGUGGGGUUUAAGAUGUUUUUAGGGGUCACUGCAUCUGUGACCAAUUGGGAUACUGAUGGGACAACUUGCAGUCUUGUUAUGGAGGAUAAUCCAUUAGUAGAUUUUGUUGAACUUCCAGAUACGUGCCAGGGUCUAUAUUACUGCAACGUCUUGAGUGGAGUUAUCAGAGGGGCCCUCGAAAUGCAAAUGCUAAGUGAUCUUCAAAGGAAUGCAUCUCGGAACAAGCUGAAUUUUAUUUUGUAAAGUCCGAACCUGCAAACUUUGGGAAAGGCUCUCCGUUGCAAUAGAGAAUGACAACGGGGAGGUUGGACAACCUUGA